AUGGCGCUCGCCGCCGCCACGAGAACCGCGUCGCUCGCCGCGGCCGUCCUCAUCGUGGCCAUGGUCCCGGCGGCGUCCUUGGAGCCGGCGGCGGCGAACAAGGACGCCGACGCGCUGACGGCCCUGCGCAGCGGGCUCAAGGACCCCGACGGCGCGCUCGCGAGCUGGGACCCCAGCCUGGUGAACCCGUGCACGUGGUUCCACGUCACGUGCGACGGCAGCAACCGCGUCAUCCGCCUGGAUCUUGGGAAACAGAAAUUGUCCGGCCCACUGGCGCCCGAGCUGGGGCAACUGGAUCAGCUGCAGUUCAUGGAAAUCUACGAGAACAACAUCGAGGGGCGGAUCCCGUCGGAGCUCGGUGGCCUGGCGAGCCUGGUCGGCCUGGACCUGCACGGCAACCGCAUCUCGGGACCCAUACCCUUGGCGCUCGGGAACAUCCAGUCACUGAAACUCCUGGAGAUUUACGGCAACAAUAUCCAGGGGCAGAUCCCGUCGGAGCUGGGCGGCCUGACGAACCUGGUCAGCUUGGACCUGCAGGACAACAGCAUCUCAGGACCCAUACCCGCGACGCUCGGGAACAUAAAAUCCCUGAAGUUCUUGCGCGUGAGUCACAACCGCCUGACGGGACCGAUCCCCAGGGAGCUUGCCGGACUGCCCAACCUUAGAGUAGCGGAUUUCUCCAGCAACAACCUCUGCGGCGCGAUCCCGGCGACCGGAGCGUUGAAGAACAUUCCUCCCAACAGCUUCGCCAACAACCCGCGGCUGCAUCAGGGAGGCGCGUACGUGCCCAGCUGCUAG